ACGCUUCUUGUGCACGGCCGACAUCCAGUUAUUGUUGGUGGCGACUUCAGUGGUCAUGAGGUCUCGCAAUGAGAUUGCUUGGUGGUCGUUGGUGGAAAAGGAUAAGGUGGUGGACGGGUGGUUGGCGAAUGAUGAAUUGAUGAUGGGUCGUUGGUGUGACGGUGGUGGUCUGGUGGAGGAAAUGUGGGAAGGCGACAUCGGCGGGGAAGUCGUCGGAGGAUUAAUGUUCGAGGACAAGAAGACGGUGAUGGUGAGCGGCGGUGCUUCCUUUGGUAAAGUAGAGCCGUAGAGGUCGUACUGCCGACGGACGAGAAUGAAUUUGUGAUCUCGAGUCUCUGUCCCAGCACCCGCCGAGAAACCUCUCGUUUUCACUCGAUUCUUUCACCGAAAGCAAGUCAUGGUCAACACUCGCGAAGUAUUCACUUUCCAGAAACUCCCAUUCUGAACCAUUUUUCCUCCUUUUGGUCGCUGCGGCGGGACUCAACCCGUUCCCGACGGCGAUUUCCCUGUUGUUGUUGGGCAUCCAUUUCCCUUAUUUUUUCCUGUCCUGUACCAUCGGAGAAGAGGAUAGGGUUGCAGGGAAGAAGGGGAUAGGUUUCCCCGAUUGAGGUGAGAGGGUAGGGG